AGCCCUCGAGCAGGCAGAACCAGGACGGGAGAAGCCCCAGGCCGAGCGCCGGGCGGGUGCGCGGGACAGGGUGGAGCCCCACUCCGCCGCCGCUCCGCGGUCCUCGCCCCUCCUCGCCUCCCCCUCACCUCCCGCGGCGGGUGUGCCGCGGCCCCUUUAAGAGCGGCGGCCCCUCCUCCCACUCCCUAGACCUAUUAGAGCCUCUGCCCGGCGUCGGUGACUCAGAGUGUCCGCGGGAGCGCCGCAGUCCCAGCAGCGCACCCAGAUCCCGAGGUCCGACAGCGCCCGGCCCAGACCCCGCGCCUGGCAGGAGCCCGCCGAGAGCCAGCCGGCCCGCGCGCUCCGACCCCGAGCAGUCUCUGUCCUUCCGCCCGAGCCCCGCGCCCUUCCCGGGACCUCUGCCCCGCGGGCAGCGUUGCCACCCUGCCGGCCAUGGAGACCCCGUCCCAGCGGCGCGCCACCCGCAGCGGGGCGCAGGCCAGCUCCACCCCGCUGUCGCCCACCCGCAUCACCCGGUUGCAGGAGAAGGAGGACCUGCAGGAGCUCAAUGACCGCUUGGCGGUCUACAUCGACCGUGUGCGCUCGCUGGAGACGGAGAACGCAGGGCUGCGCCUUCGCAUCACCGAGUCCGAGGAGGUGGUCAGCCGCGAGGUGUCCGGUAUCAAGGCCGCCUACGAGGCCGAGCUUGGGGAUGCCCGCAAGACCCUCGACUCGGUGGCCAAGGAGCGCGCCCGCCUGCAGCUGGAGCUGAGCAAAGUGCGCGAGGAGUUCAAGGAGCUCAAAGCGCGCAAUACCAAGAAGGAGGGCGACUUGAUGGCCGCCCAGGCGCGGCUCAAGGACCUGGAAGCUCUGCUCAACUCCAAGGAGGCCGCACUGAGCACAGCACUCAGCGAGAAGCGCACGCUGGAGGGCGAGCUCCAUGACCUGCGGGGCCAGGUGGCCAAGCUCGAGGCAGCCCUGGGUGAGGCCAAGAAGCAGCUCCAGGAUGAGAUGCUGCGGCGGGUGGACGCCGAGAACAGGCUGCAGACCCUGAAGGAGGAGCUGGACUUCCAGAAGAACAUCUACAGCGAGGAGCUGCGUGAGACCAAGCGCCGGCAUGAGACGCGGCUGGUGGAGAUUGACAAUGGGAAGCAGCGUGAGUUUGAGAGCCGGCUGGCGGACGCCCUGCAGGAGCUGCGGGCCCAGCAUGAGGACCAGGUGGAACAGUACAAGAAGGAGCUGGAGAAGACCUACUCUGCCAAGCUGGACAACGCCAGGCAGUCAGCUGAGAGGAACAGCAACCUGGUGGGGGCUGCGCACGAAGAGCUGCAACAGUCCCGCAUCCGCAUCGACAGCCUCUCGGCCCAGCUCAGCCAGCUGCAGAAGCAGCUGGCGGCCAAGGAGGCGAAGCUGCGGGACCUGGAGGACUCACUGGCCCGCGAACGCGACACCAGCCGGCGGCUGCUGGCCGAGAAGGAGCGGGAGAUGGCGGAGAUGCGGGCGAGGAUGCAGCAGCAGCUGGACGAGUACCAGGAGCUGCUGGACAUCAAGCUGGCCCUGGACAUGGAGAUCCACGCCUACCGCAAGCUCCUGGAGGGCGAGGAGGAGAGGCUGCGCCUGUCCCCCAGCCCCACCUCGCAGCGCGGCCGAGGCCGCACCUCCUCCCACUCCUCCCAGACACAGGGGACGGGCGGCAUCACCAAGAAGCGCAAGCUGGAUGCCGCCGAGGCCCGCAGCAGCAGCUUCUCGCAGCACGCCCGCACCAGCGGCCGCGUGGCCGUGGAGGAGGUGGAUGAGGAGGGCAAGUUCGUGCGGCUGCGCAACAAGUCCAGCGAGGACCAGUCCAUGGGCAAUUGGCAGAUCAAGCGCCAGAAUGGAGAUGACCCCUUGCUGACCUACCGCUUCCCACCGAAGUUCACCCUGAAGGCUGGGCAGGUGGUGACGAUCUGGGCUGCAGGCGCCGGGGCCACCCAUAGCCCCCCCACCGACCUGGUGUGGAAGGCACAGAACACUUGGGGCUGUGGGAACAGCCUGCGCACGGCUCUCAUCAACUCCACUGGGGAAGAGGUGGCCAUGCGCAAGCUGGUGCGCUCCGUGACGGUGGUUGAGGACGAUGAGGAUGACGAUGGAGACGAGCUGCUCCAUCACCACCAUGGCUCCCACUGCAGCAGCUCGGGGGACCCCGCUGAGUACAACCUGCGCUCGCGCACCGUGCUGUGCGGGACGUGCGGGCAGCCCGCGGACAAGGCUUCCGCCAGCGGCCCGGGAGCCCAGGUGGGCGGAUCCAUCUCCUCUGGCUCAUCGGCCUCCAGUGUCACAGUCACCCGCAGCUACCGCAGUGUGGGGGGCAGUGGGGGUGGCAGCUUCGGGGACAGCCUGGUCACCCGCUCCUACCUCCUGGGCAACUCCAGCCCCCGCACCCAGAGCCCCCAGAACUGCAGCAUCAUGUAACCUGGGACCUGCCGGGGCCGGCUGAGGCUGGAGGCCUCCUGCUUCCUCCUCCCCUCACGCCCACCCCCACCCUGCACCUCGCGGGAGGGGACUUGAAGCCAAAGAAAAUACCCCUUUGGUUUUUUUUCUUCUAUGUUUUUGUUUUUUUUUUUUCUAAGAGAAGUUAUUUUCUACAGUGGUUUUAUACUGAAGGAAAAACACAAGCCAAAAAAAAAAAAAAAAAAAAGCCCUUCUAUGUCCAUCUCCCCGUGCUUUCCCCUGCCUCCAGGAAACUCCAAAUCUGCCUUAAAACCAAAGAGGGCUUCUUCCAGAAGCCAAGGGAAAGGGAUGCUUUUACGGAGCCUAGUUUCUGCUUCUCUGCCCCGCCUGCUGCCCCCACCCCGGGGACCCGUGAACAUGGUGCCGGAGAGGCAGGUUGUGGAGUCUUCUCCGCCAGCCUCCGAGGGAGGGAGGUUGAGCCAGGCCCCUGGCCGCCCCCAUCCGUCCCCUACACCUGGCUGAGGCUCCGCUGCCUGCCCCGCCCCCAGCCCCCACCCCCGCCCCGGCCCCGGGGUGACUCCGAUGCCCGCCACCAGCCACACUUGCUUUUUCUGUAUUUUAUUUAGACAACAGAUGGGAAUAUGAGGUGGCAGAAGGGGGAAGAACGUUUCUCUGAGCCUCUGCCUCACCUGGAAGCUUGAGGCGUGGACUCGGUCCAGGUCAAGUGGGUGCAGGGGAGGAGGGAGAGGGAGCGUACCAGAAAGGGCGGGAGCCGGCUGUGGCCCCGUCCCAGAGGAGGAAGGUGAGAAGGGGGCGAGGGUGUGCGUCAGUGGUUUUGGCAAACACUAAAGAGCCCCUUGCCCCCCCAUUCCCCAUCGGCACCCCUUCUCUCCUCCCCCGAUCAAUACACUAGUUGUUUCUA